GCUAUCGAUAAGUCUGAUAUGCCUGCGCUACUAGCAUCUAACCAAAAAUUCUUGGGAAGUUCAAUUGGAAGAUUCAUCUUUCUUUUGGUUUAACAUCCCACUCACGCCGUUAUAGCAUUGCAACAACACAAAACAUAAAGGAUAUAAUCUAGCCAUAGUGGGUGAAUAUCGCUACCAAAUCUACGAACGACCUAUUACCAAUUCAUCUCGGUCAAUUCUGACCACAAAAACCUCUACAAUGGCCCCGCCAUCUGCACCAAAGCUCGACGUCGCUGUCACCAAGCCAACACCAUACACCUUCGAUCUUGGGCUCCUCCUCGCCAACGACCCAAACCCGCUCUCCACAUCCAUCCCGGAAGAAGUCGACUCAAACGAUCUAGAGGCACAGCUCGCCGCCACCGCCCGCGACGGUGCGCAAGCCCUUAUCAACCAGCUCCUAACGACACUCCCUCUUGCCGCCACCACAUCCGGCGUCUUGCUCACCCUACCUCACCCCACGACCCCUCUACCACGCGAGAAGCUCCUGCCAGCAGCUAAGCCCCCCACGAAAUGGGAGCAAUUCGCCGCGCGCAAGGGUAUCAAGCCCAAGACGCGCGAGCAGCGGCACGCCAAGUCCCAAAAAUACAACGAGGAGACAGGCGAAUGGGAGCGCACGUGGGGCUACGAUAAGGGUGGUGCUAAGAAGCGUCGUGAGGAAGGUAUGGUUCAGCAGGACUGGCUUGUAGAGGUUGACGAGAAGAAGGACCGGGAGGAAAAGGCCGCCAAGGAUAAGAAGAAGAGGAGAAAGGCUUGAUGAACUAGGUCUGUGAUACGGAGAAGUAUAAAUAAUAGGCACUGGUGAAAAUGGUAACUUGAGGGGGGCACUCUGUUGAUACCCACGCAUUUCGAGUCGUGAUAGACAGGCGGGAGUUUGGCGUUUCCGACAUAAGACAGGUUUCGCGGGUUUGGGCAUAUUUGUAUUGGUAUUGCGGAUCUUUCCACCCAAAAUGUAUGGUACAGAUUCUUUUCUAACCUUUCAUAUUCU